UAUUUGAAGAUUUUUCAAUGGGGUUUAUGGAAUUUUAAGCAUAUAGAAUUUGAAUUUUUUACUUCUAGUUCCACAUAGGCAGUUUCAAAUUCCAAAUAGGCAUUAUUCGCAGCAAAAAUGAGGUCUAGACCUGGAAGACGGGGUGAUCGUAGGAGAUCUAGGAGCAGAGACCGUGGUGGAAGGGAUAGAGGCUACAUGGGAGGUUCUCGUAGAGGUCAGGCAGGUGCUAACUUGCGGAGACCGCGUUGGGAUCUCAGCCGACUUGAACCCUUCAAAAAAGAUUUUUAUGUGCCACACCCAUCAGUCUCAGAUAGGUCAUACUAUGAGGUAGAGGAAUGGAGAAAAAGUAAGGAAAUUACUUUGAAAGGCAAAAAUGUACCUGCUCCAGUUCUAAGUUUUGAAGAAGCCGGAUUUCCUGAUUAUGUAAUAUCAGAGCUUCGAAAACAAGGAUUUAAAAAUCCUACACCUAUACAGUCUCAAGGCUGGCCCUUGGCUUUGUCUGGUAAAGAUAUGGUUGGUAUAGCUUCAACUGGCUCAGGGAAAACUUUAAGUUACAUAUUGCCAGCCAUUGUUCACAUAAAUAAUCAAUUAAAACUUGGUAGAGGAGAUGGACCUAUUGCACUUAUUUUAGCUCCUACAAGAGAGCUUGCACAACAAAUUCAACAGGUGGCAAACGACUUGGGUAAAAGUGCUCGCAUUAGAAAUACCUGUAUUUUUGGUGGGGCUCCAAAAGGGCCACAGGCUUUAGAUCUUAUGGAUGGUGUAGAAAUUGUAAUUGCUACCCCUGGCCGUUUGAUUGAUUUUCUCGAAAGCAACAGGACAAAUCUGAAAAGAUGCACCUAUUUGGUAUUGGAUGAAGCUGACAGGAUGCUGGAUAUGGGAUUUGAACCUCAAAUAAGAAAAAUUAUUGAACAAAUAAGACCUGACAGGCAAACUCUUAUGUGGUCUGCUACUUGGCCAAAGGAAGUUCAACAAUUAGCAUCUGAAUUUUUAAAAGACUAUAUUCAGAUCAACGUGGGCUCUUUGCAACUUUCUGCCAAUCAUAAUAUUUUGCAAAUUAUCGAUGUUUGUCACGAAUAUGAAAAAGAAGCAAAAUUGAGUACUUUAUUGAGGGAAAUUAUGGCGGAAAAAGAGAAUAAGACGAUUAUUUUUAUGGAGACUAAAAGAAAAGUAGAUGAUGUUACAAGAAAAAUGAAGAGGGAUGGUUGGCCCGCAGUUUGCAUACAUGGUGAUAAAACCCAACAAGAGAGGGAUUGGGUACUACAAGACUUCAGAAGUGGUAAGGCUCCCAUUCUUGUCGCCACCGAUGUAGCCGCAAGAGGGUUAGAUGUUGAAGAUGUCAAAUUUGUCAUCAAUUUUGACUAUCCAAGCAAUUCAGAAGAUUACGUGCACCGCAUCGGACGUACAGGUCGUUCUCAAAAGACCGGUACAGCUUACACGUUUUUCACACCCCAAAAUUCAAACAAAGCGUCCGAUUUGGUGUCUGUAUUGAAAGAGGCCAAACAGGUGAUCAAUCCGAAAUUACAAGAUAUGGCUGAUCAUGGAGGACCUGGAGGUGCUGGAGGUGGACGCAGUCGUUGGAGAAGAAACGGUGGUGGUAGGCCUGGUCGUGGUGCACUAAGAUCGCGUUCCCGUUCACCACGCAGAGGUCGCAGAGAUAGAGACAGAAGUCGCAGUAGAAGUUUGAGUAAAGGCCACAGCAGAAGUCGCUCCAAUGAAAGAAGGAGUCGAUCUUUUGAAAGGCGGCGCAGAAGGUCGUACUCUGACAGUAGUACUUCUUCAAGCAGUAGGUCAAGAUCAAGAAGUCCUCUACCCUCAAGGAUGCAAGGAAACCAAUCAAAACCUAGAUCACCGCCUCAGCCUCCUCUUCCCAAGCAACCCUCGCUUCCUAAAGCACCGUUACCGACUCAAAAGGUUGCUGCACAACACCUGGGCCAUUUACAAAAUCACCAACAAAGUCAAGUUCAAUCAAUGAUGCGCAGUGUUCAAGGAGCCCCAAUACAAAAUCAACAUGGAACAGCAGUGCAAAGUUCACAUGUACCAAAUCAAAAUCAACAAAGCAGCAGUGUCACAAUGCGAAUGCCCCAAAUUAAUCACGCGCAACCGCAACCACCCUUGCCUGGGCAACAAAUUCAUUAUCAAUUGCAGCAACCUCCUCUACCACCGCCACCACAAAAAGUGGCGCCACCUCCUCCACCGCCCAACGUACAAACAACAUCUAUGAUGAAUUUCCAAUCACAUUUACCACCUCCAGGAAUACCCGGAUUCCAUCAGGCUUACCAGCUGCCGCCUGGAAGUUUGAUAUACAAUGCGCCGCCACCCCCGCCUCCAGCUACAGGCGCACCAGCUCAAAUGUACUUUCAUUACGGACCGCCGCCGCCCGUUUCACGUUAAUACUAAUAAUAAUAAUAAUAAAUAAUUAAAUUAACGAUAUCUUCUUCUAUGAUGGUCCAAGAAGGAAUGAAAAGUGGACUUUUUUGAUGUCAUUUAAUGGAUGCAAUUUCGCUUUAUGAUUUGUUGUUUACUUAAUUUUAAGAAAAAGUGUAUAGUCCGUUCAUAAAGUCUAUGGACUUCAUGAACGGACUUUAGGUGUAAUAAUUUUUUUUUCACUCAACUGUAAAUACAGAUAUAAUAUAUAUUAAUUCUCACAAAUUCCAUUAUACAAUUAUUAAUGUUAAACUCAGAAUCAUCAAAACCAUUGUGCACAAAGAACCGUAAGUCACCUGAUAUCUGCAAGCACAGCAUUGAAAUGUAUUUGCCAUAGGUAGCUAAAGUUUUGGAGAAAUUCAUAAAUCUAUUUAGUAUUGUCUAUUCUUUUAAUAGGUAGUUUGGUUUAAAAAAUGCUACUUUGUAUUAAUCUGAGGUUAUUUUUGUGAAUGAAUCAAUAUAACAAGUGGAUUAUUGUAGUCUACAACUUUCAUUAGCUUCAACGUUUAAAAUUACAGACAUGUACUAA